AAGGGAAGCAGACGAGGGGGAGUCACGCUGCUUCUCAGUCUGGGCGCCGUCCUGGUUGCGCUCGUCGCUGUCCAGGCUGGGUUGUCUGGCUCGUCGUUGGACCUGGAAGCGUGAGUAUAUGACCUCGAGACAGAGGGCCGCCACUGACCAUCACCGCCUGCUUGUCUUCCUGCCUUUACAUUACAGAUGGAAGGUGAGAGACCAAAAGAGGCAGAGAAGGAAGAGACAGAUCCUAAUGACAACCAGGCGAAGCGCGUGCUCGUCCUGACGGCACACCCAGACGACGAGGCCAUGUUCUUUGCGCCCGCCAUCCUCGCCCUGACGCAGGCCGGCGUCAGCGUGUGGGCCAUGUGCCUCUCGACGGGCAAUGCCGACGGCCUGGGUGCGACCAGAACACAGGAGCUGCUGGACAGCUACGAGGUGCUCGGCGUGCCGCGCGACCGGAUCAUGUCCAUCGACGACAAGCGCCUCCAGGACGGCAUGCAGACUGCGUGGUGGGACCUGCUCAUCGUCGACUACAUUGACAAGUUCUACAAGCGUGCUGGUCCCUUUGAUUUCCUGCUCACCUUUGACGGCCGGGGCGUGUCGUCGCACCCCAAUCACGUUGCCUGCUACGACGCAGCUAAGGAACUGUCCACCUACACGCCCCACGACAAGUCCACCACUGCGAUCCGCGGGCCAAUCUAUGCGCUGAAGACCGUCUCGCCGGCGCCGCUCAAGUUCCUCGGCCUCGUCCAUGCGCUCCUCCAGGCCGGCGUCCACCGCAGUCGCAGCCGACAAACGCCCAACGACGAUGCCAACUUGCACUUUCUCUCCAGCCCGGGCGCAUACGUGCGCACGCUGCGUGCCAUGGCCAAGCACCGCUCCCAGCUCGUCUGGUUCAGGUUCCUCUAUGUCCUCUUUUCGAGCCACAUGUAUGCCAGUGCCUUUGACGAGGUCCUCCCUACCUCGGGAGUCGGAAAUUAGAAAUAAGAAGGACGAGACGGUGUUGCUCUCU